GGUUGGAGGCCGCCGGUCCCGGGGCAGCAAGCGGGGAAGAGCUGCUGGGGAGGAGGCGGACGGAGGCCCCGGAAGGAGGAGGAGGAGGAGGAAGCCGAGCAAAGGACAUGUAUACCUCUGAGAAACCUUCUCCAACAGGAUUCCUUGCUUCAAGAUCUGUCUUGGAUUAUUCGAGAAGAAGUUUCCAGUCAUGAGUGCAGAUGCUGAACAGGAUGCUGCUGUCAAACUUGCCCAAGAACGAGCAGAGAUAGUUGCCAAGUAUGACAGAGGACGGGAGGGUGCCCAGAUUGAACCAUGGGAAGAUGCUGACUAUCGACUUUACAAAGUCACAGAUAGAUUUGGGUUUCUACAUCCAGAGGAGCUUCCUGUCCAUGAUGUGGCGAUAGAAAAGCAAAAGCACCUUGAAAUUGAAAGAACUACAAAAUGGCUUAAGAUGCUGAAAAGCUGGGAAAAAUACAAAAAUAGUGAAAAGUUUCAUAGGAGAAUUUAUAAAGGAAUCCCACUGCAGUUCAGAGGGCAAGUCUGGUCUUUACUACUUGAUGUCCCUAAAAUGAAAGAAGAAAUGAAAGAUUUUUAUAAUAAAUUGAAGUGUCAAGCACGAGGGUCUUCACCAGAUAUUAGGCAAAUUGAUCUUGAUGUAAAUCGAACAUACAGAGAUCACAUCAUGUUUCGAGACAGAUAUGGUGUUAAGCAACAGUCUUUAUUCCAUGUAUUAGCUGCAUAUUCCAUAUAUAACACGGAAGUUGGAUACUGUCAGGGAAUGAGCCAGAUCACAGCUUUACUCCUAAUGUACAUGAAUGAAGAAGAUGCCUUCUGGGCCUUGGUGAAGCUUCUCUCUGGUCCCAAGCACGCUAUGCAUGGGUUUUUUAUUCCUGGUUUUCCAAAGCUGUUGAGGUUUCAAGAACAUCAUGACAAGAUACUGAAAAAAUUCUUGUCCAAGCUUAAGCAGCAUUUGGACUCCCAGGAUAUGUCCACUAGCUUUUACACAACAAAGUGGUUUUUCCAGUGUUUCCUUGAUCGUACUCCCUUUACAUUAAGCCUCAGGAUAUGGGAUAUCUACAUACUUGAAGGAGAGAGGAUUCUCACUGCUAUGUCUUACACAAUUCUGAAACUGCACAGAAAGCAUCUGAUGAAAUUACAAAUGGAAGAACUUGUAGAAUUUCUGCAGGAGUCUUUAGCCAAGGAUUUCUUCUAUGAAGAUGAUGUUGUAAUAGACCAGCUCCAAAAUUCUAUAUCAGAAUUGAAACGAGCAAAGCUGGAUUUGCCACUAGCUGGUAAAGAAGAUGAAUUUCCAAAGAAGCCAUUGGGACAGAUUCCAUCAGGACCUCAGCCUGCUAUGGUUAACUCCACUCCAAUGCUUAAUGGACAGACCAGCAGUGGUACACAAACAAGAAGGACAGAGAGGAGACCAUCUGCAGGAGAAGAAUCAGAAAGUUCACCAAAUAACCGAAAACGAAUUAAUUCACUGGAAAAUAAACCUUCCUUAAAACAGCAGAAGACUCGACCAGUAGAGAUACAAAGUAAUCUGCCUAGGAAUGAGGAAGACACCAGAAGAAAGCCUCAGCCAAUAGAGCAAGACAACUCGAGACAGUAUAAUAAUGCAGCUGCUAAUCAAAAUUCUAAUGCUACUUCAAAUACAAGAAAGGAAUUUGUACCUAAGUGGAAUAAACCUUCUGAUACCAAAAUAAUUGAAAAGACAAUGAAACUUCCUGCAGAGGUGAAAGGAAGGCCAGUAAACCAUUUUAUUUCGGGCCCACCACCAAGCCCUGGAGAAAUGCAGCCUUUGAAUGUGAAGCAAAAGAUGAGGGUUUUGGAUGUUGAUGAAAGUAAGCGAGGGUCUAAUGCUUCUCAGUAUGACAAUGUUCCAGAAGUUGAGAAUGAGAAUGAAAAUAUUGUUCAGGAGAUGCUGGAGAGAGCUCUUCCACAGAGUCCUAGGCAUGUAACAUAUUCUAAUAGUCCAAGAAAGCAAACUGAAAAAAUACCAACUCCAGUAAAAAUACCCAAUAACUACACCUUCUCUUCACAACCCAGAUCUCCAAAAUACUCAUCACAAUCUGACGGACCACCUCAUGGAUUGAAUGUAAAACAGCCUCUGCCAUGUUACAGUAAUCCACCUAAUUACCAUGGAAAUUCUCCGAAACAUAUUUCCAGUAUAGGCAAUACAAGUUCUGUACCUCUGCAUUAUCAUGGGAAUCGAACCAGCCCUUCUGGUGGGCCAUAUGGUUCUUUUAUUUCAGCAGAUUAUUCUCUGGAUAAACUACAAAUGAAUUCGUAUCCCGUUAGUCGCCAAAAUCCUCUUCCACCAACCCCUGGCCAGAUAGAAGUAGCCCCUGUUGAUGCUUAUCCCAGCAACUCAAGGUCCUCCACAGGUGUCAAAUUCAUAAUCCCUCCAGUGGAUUAUUUACCAGAAGACAGAAAGUGGCCAGAUGCAGCAUACACUUACAGACACGAGCCCUACAGGCAGCCUUGGAGUCAAGACGUUAAUAAAGGCCACGUGGAUAACUUCCAGAAAUAUCAGCAUUUUCAGUCAACACCUUUUCAAGACCUUCCUGCUGUUUCUGUGGAUAGUCCAAUAAGAUACAGGACUUCACCAACCUUUGAAGAACAGGGUUCCCCACAAUACCAAUAUUCAAGCCCAGCAGCUCAAGCCCAGCACUAUCGAAACAGGAAUGAUGGAUUGUCUAUGCAUGAGUCUGUGCUUCUCUGAGAGUCUGUCUCUACUUAGUAAAAUGGCAGGAGCCAAAACCAGUUAAACAUUACUGUGUUAGUAGUAGCCCACCUCAGUUCUCAAAAAUAACAUUGUUUCAGAGGUAUUUCAGACUUGCAUUGAGGACUAGUUGAAUUCUUAGACUUGCAUUGAAGCCAUUGGAAGUGAUCUGAUGCACACAGGCAUAGCAAUAAGGUCAUAUACACAGUAGGGUUAAUACUGACAUUGUUCCUUACAUUUAAAUAACAUGUGUUACAGUCUCCCUGCCUAAAACCUGUAACACAUUUUAACAAGUUUUAUUUUGACUGACAUGGUUAAUGCACUGUAUUAGGUGUGUGUGUGCGUGCGAGUGUGCACUUACAGUACUCAAAUGCAUCCAGAAAAGAGCUGAAGAGUUUAAAUGUAAAUGCAUUUAACUUUGGGCAAAGCUUAUGAAGUACUUUUGUUUCUUAUUAAUUUUUCUCUGUAAUUUAUUUGAGAAGCCAUUCCUUUUGAAUGGCAAUUUCUGUCAUUUUUAUACAGCUGCCUCAGCAUCCCAGUAUCUGUUCUGGGCAGGAGAGGUGCUUUGGGAUUAUUAAUUUAAUCUUAUGUGAGAGUUAAUUUCCUCUCCUUUGACUACUGUUUGUCAUUUUCCUGAGUAAGAAGGAGCAGACAGGCAAAAGCAGAAAGCCAAAAAUGUCUCUGUAAUCUGGCCAAGGAAUGGUGCUUGAAUUUCAGGGCAGUCUCUCUACUAUUUUAGGUGCAACAAAAGCAUAGAGUUUUUACCUUCUUACCCUAACCUACCUUCUGAAUGUCAUCCUAUAUGCAAAAUAUUGGAGCACAGCAAGAGUAAUGCCAGAAACAGAAAUGGUGCUGCACCCUUCACUUUUUGCCAUGCUGUCAGACUAAACAAAUGGGUUGCAGGGCCAAACCUCAUGGGUGUCAUAGAAUGACCACCUCUGUGACCCUCCUGUGAAGUACAUGCAAGAGCUGGGGAUUUGGGUGAGGCUUGACAUUCCCUGAGCUGUGUGAGCUCCCAGUGUCCUUCUCUUAAGCUUUGUCAUGUCAGUUCCAUUUUGUUUUGCCCUUUUGUGCCCCAAAGAGCCAGUGGGUUCAUGUCUGUGACUGGGCAUGUGCUGCUGUGCUCUCAGGCUGCUGUGAGACUCUCUGGUGUUAUACACUAAAAUGAUCCUGACUGUUAUUAGGAACCUUAGAGUCCUGGUAAUGUAAGUAUUUCUAAUCAGUCUUUGCAGCCUUUUCUACUUCGUGUUUUCUGUUCCUUGACUGUGAAUUAGGGGUGAAAAAAAAUGCAGGUUAAGUAGCACAUGCAGGAUGUGGUCCUGUGAGCAGCUAGGUGCCGAGCAGAAGGACCUGACCUCUCCUUGAAAGCAGUGGGAGUUGAGGUGGAUAAGGAUCUCACCAGAAGAGGUCCUUGGAGUGCUUAACAAAGAGAUUUUUCUAAUACUUAAGUGCAAAACAUUGGUAUCAACACCUGUUUUGGGUAGUUUGGGAGGUUGUCCUCUUAUCUUUUGUUUUGUAUUAUUUGUUAACUGAAGACAUAGAAAUGGAUAUUAUUAUUUUUUUUUUCCUUUAAAGAAUGAGCUUUAGUGCCUAUAAUUGCUGCAGGUUGGCUCUGUAAGUUUUAAGGUACAGAAGUUAAACAAUUUUUACAAAUGGAAGUAACAUUUACUUAGUAUAUUUCAAAAACUUUUUUUGUGUAUAUAGUGUGUCUGAUGUAAUUUUUAAUGAACUGGGCGAUUUUAUAUUUUAAAAAUUGCAAACUGCAGCAAAGUACUAGUAGCAAAGCACUACACUGAAACUCUGAACUAAAAUUGUGAAGAUAAAUAUGACUUGGGCUUACUUUAGUUCUGAUUGCUUACAGCAGCAUAGAAAUGUAUGUAUAUAAUAUUGUGGCUAAAUGUAAUAAUCUCAGUGUUUAAUGAUGGUUCUGUAAUUCAUAACAAAGCCGUACAAUUUAUUUGUGCAAGCAAUGCAAGGCUCCAAAAUAUGUAUCAGCAUUAGUAAAUACUGUAGAUUUUUAUAUAUAAAAUAUAUACACACUAUUUUCUUAUGUCAUCUGCAACAGUUUUAUAACUGUGUAUCCUAUUUUGAUGUGACUGUAUUUUUAACAUGUUAAAAUAAUAAUAAUUAAGCU